AUGGGCAGCCAGUCUAAGCCCUGUGAAUUCAUGGGCUGGGGUGUUCCUUGUGGGAACUGUCAAAGGGGAAAGAAGGUGGUUUGUUCAUUCAAGGCUAGUCCUCAAGAGCGGUACCGAGCACACAUCUCAAUACACCCAUUCAUGGAGAGAACGCCUGACAAUCUUCACCGACUCCUCAGGAUGGCCGAGUACUUGGUCAAGGCCUUUGAUAGUGCCUGUGAGACUGCUGGCCAUCUGUCCAAGCUUCUUUGUGACACUUGCAAGGACAUUGACACUGUUAUCCAGGACACCGUUGAGUAUGAAGGUCGUGUCGUGGCCAAGGAGUCUCUUGUUACUGAUGUAUCAGCUGUCAACGGACUCCUCGACGGGUUUUCUGCUCAAGAAGUGGAAGUCUCGACAAAUCCAGAGGAUGAGGACCAAACUGGUCCUUCUUUGUUUUCAUUGAGUUACGAUGCAUCUUCCCCAGAGCGAGAUGAAGCUCUUCAUUGCAAAGAGGGGGGUGGUGGCGAAAUGGAUGCCGACAGAGACUUGGACGCAGAGGUCGGAGUAUGA